CAAGUAUUUUUGAAGCAGCCAUUUUACUGCUCCAAGUUUAAAACUGAUUCAUUAUUCUCUUUUGAUUCUUUUGGUUUUUUUUUCUCUUUUGAUUCUUGAAAUAAUACUGAUGAAAUAAUCUUUCAUGUUGUGACACAAUGUGUGGAUGCCAGUGCCGGAGGCCACAUGUAGAGGCCAGAGGAAACCUCCAGCCACUUCCCACAUUAUUGCUUUGAGAGAGGCUCUCUGCUGUUUGGGUUAGGCUGUUUGUCCAGUGAGUUCCCGGAAUUUGCAUGUUUCUGCCUCUCAGUGCUGGGUUAGCAGCAUGUGUAACCAUGCCGGCCUCUUUCACUUACUCCCGUAUUUACCUAGCAAGUGUUCUUACUCACUGGACUAGCCCUACCCUGAGUCCUCUUUUAACAAUCAGAGACAUUCUCUCAAGUAACUCAGGCUGGCCAUCAACUUGUUUUAUAGUUUGAACUCCUGAUCCUCCUGCCUCUACCCCUGGAGUGCUGGGAUCACAGCUUGCACAACUAUACCCCUCCCUGCCCCCGACCGUUUUGAUCUUUAUAAUUACUGAUCCUGGCGAGCUGGCAACACAAAGAGGAAAUGGUUGCCUGAAGCAGUGGAAGGCAGCAAUGCCCCGAAGAUGACAUAGUAGCUAAACUGUUCCAGAGCAGGACAGCUCAGGAUAGGGAGAAAGGAGUCCUGUAAAGAGCUAAAGACGAGAAUUCCAAGGAGUUGUCAAACUUCUAUGGCUGCAGGGCUGUGAUGGCUCCAAACCCAGAGCCCUUUCUGGACAGGCAGCCCCAGUAGGAACUGCCUGCUGCUCCCUUACGCUGCUGUUCUGUUGGAAGUAGAGGGUUACGACAGUUGCAUAAUGCCGGUGUUUGCUGGUGGUUAAAGUCCGGAGCAAUAAGCCUCCUCCCUGAGUGCCUAGUCCUGUCUCUGGCUUCUAAAGCAUGAUGCAAUAGGCCCCCAAGUAUCACAGUUUGGAGCUAUGAGCCUCUCAGUCCUUACGUCCAGCCCACAGGCUGUCCAGACCCACGGCCUUGGGGGCACCAAAGUCAGAAAAGCCUCUCUGCUUGUCUCACAGGUUUUUGUUUGUUUGAGACAGGAUCUCCCUACUGUAGUUCAGGCUGUCCUGGAACUUGCUGUGGGUAGACCAAGGUGCUUGGAAUUCACCUCCUUCUGCUUCUGCCUCCUGACUGCUGGGAUUAAAGGCAUGCACCUACAUGUGUGGGCUCUCAGGAUUUCUUUCUACCCAGGUAAAGGUAAAGGACCCCAGACAGUUCCGAUUGAUAAUGCUGUCGUCGGGGUUACUCUUAUAAAGCCACAAGUAACCCAAAUAACAACCAGGACGUUCAUAAAAGUACACUUUCGAAUUGGAUAUCUACCCCAUGCUGUGCUAAAAAGACACCUAGUAAUUUCCCUUCCCAAUUACAAGCUUUGGAUAAUUUUUUUUUCUGGCAUCACCUGUGUGUGUGUGUGUGUUUUAAAGUAUACAUACAUAUUUAUUUCGCAGAAGGGCAUGGGGAGUGGAAGUUAAAGUUGUUUUAAAAAUCUCUUGAAUGGUGGAUUUGUGGAAAUAAUGACCUGUGAGAGUUCAUGGAGAGCUGGUUUUACCAAAAGUUGUCCAAACACCCAGAGACAUGUUUACACUCACUUGAUCCAUCUCUCAUUUCCCAAAGCAGGCUUCUCUCUUUGUUGGACAAAAAUAAUCUUCAAGAAAGCUAGAUACAAGAAACUAGGAAGUUUAUUUUUAACGGCUUUUUCCUAAGGCAGCCCAAGUUCAGCCCUUAUAUGGGUGUAUUUGCCUAUAGUUGAGGUAGGGUUAGUUUACUGGUGAGGAAGCAAGUAAGAGUACCUGCCGAGUGGGGAGGCCCCCUGCACUUGGACAGCCCCCUCUCCCCCAAACGGAUCUCACUUCUUCAGCCUCCCUCAACCCCAAUUUCCAACUCCUGUGUUAACUCUCUGCCUCCCAGCCUCCCACUCCAGUCCACCCAAAGCAUAGAUCUAAGCGACAUUCCCAGUUUCUCCUUAAUUUAAUAUUUUCCUCUCUCCAACAGUGCACUAAUCUUAAGAUACGGUGAACUCUGUUCCCGAACACUCAAUUUCUGCUUCUCUCCAAACCUCCGAGGAUCACGUGCCUCACCCCCUUUCCGGGAUUCCCUCGCGUCCGAUGCUAACCCUACUCUCAGAACAGUCCUAUGCCAUAUAGUCAUUCCUCUAACCCUUUAUCCCCACCCCAAAACGUUCCCACAGUUUCUAGAAUACAAAGUGUCCCUUCAUCCAUGUCUUUCGCACUUGUCUCUCCCUUUUCGAUUCCUAACGUGCUAAGGAGGUUGUUAUCCAUCAAGCAACUGGAACUUUUGUCGCCUGUUCCAGCAUGUGCACCCCGGGUGGAUUGUCGCACGACUUAUCUCUCUCUCCUCUCUUUCUCUCCGUGAGGAGCCACCACAUCCCAGCUCUCUGACCCGGUCAGCCAGAGACCCUCUCCUGUGGCUCUUGCGCUUCUCUGCUCUCCCCACGGGUUCCACAAGUCACACUUGCACUGCGAUGUUUCCCCCCAGCACAGUUCGUUUUCUCCCCGUGGCGCGGCUCCCGAGCAGCCGCUACACCAGGCGCACCCAGUCCGGGGCCCCGGGACCCGGUUGCCCUCCCGGACCCGCGCUACGAGGCCGGAAGCCUCUGCGCCGCCCCUUCCCCGCGCCGCUGGCCUUAUCUCCGCGCACAGGGGCCUCUGGGGAGUGGCGGGCACCCAGAGGAAGCGGGCGGCAUGGGCCAGGGGCCCCGGGGCACGCGCCGCUCGCCAGGCUGCGGGUUGCAGCGGCUGCUGUGGCUCCUGUUGCUGCUCAGCCUGGCCCGCGGCGCCAGCGGAGAGCCGGGCACGGAUGACGUCUGUGCCACUUGCCAUGAACACGCCACGUGCCAGCAAAAGGAAGGGAAGAGGAUCUGUAUUUGCAACUAUGGGUUUUGGGGCAACGGGAGGACACGCUGUGUUGACAAAGAUGAAUGCCAGUUUGGAGCCACCGUGAUCUGUGGGAACCACACGUCCUGCCACAACACGCCUGGAGGGUUCUACUGCGUUUGCCACACAGGCUAUCGGGCCACAAACAACAAGAAGAUGUUCAUUCCCAAUGAUGGCACUUUCUGUGCAGACGUCGAUGAGUGUGAAGAUUCUGGCCUGUGCAGACGUGGAGGUCGGUGUAUCAAUACUCCUGGGAGCUUUGAAUGCUACUGCAUGGAAGGGUAUGUGGCAAAGAACGGGUCUGAGCCUUUCCACCCACACGCGGAUGCCACAUCGUGCACAGAAAUAGACUGUGGCAUCCCUCCCGAAGUUCCUGGGGCCUACAUCGUGGGAAGCUACAGCUCCACACUGGGCGGCCAGGCCCAUUACAGCUGCAAAGAAGGGUUUCUCAGCAUCUCGGGAGAUAGAGUUUCACGAUGCACAGCCCUGGGCGCGUGGGAACCUCCAGAGUUACUCUGCCAAGAGAUCAGCUGUGGCAGUCCCCCUGAAGUUCAGAACGCCAUCUUGGUGGGGAAUCACAGCUCCAGCCAGGGGAGUGUGGCUCACUAUGACUGCGAGGAGGGCUUUGAGAGUCCUGGAGGAAAGAUCACUUCUGUUUGCACAGACAGCGGCUCCUGGAGUGAGAUCACGUAUGCAUGUGCAGAAAUAGCGAUGGUAAUUCACGAUGUGUGGGUGUUUAAUGACACCUGUGUGAGAUGGCAAAGAAGCCCAGAGAGAGUGAAUUCCAAGGUCACGUACUUGAUACACACUGAAAGACUACAGCCAGAUGCUGUGGAGUCCGUUUAUGAGGAGACAAUCAAUGUGACCACAGACAGCAAGACCCCAGAAGUGUGCCUGCACCUCCAACAAGGAGCCAAUUACACCGUGAGCAUUUCCGCAGCCCCUCCCAGGCGCUCUGUGCCCGCCAGCCUUAGCUUCCAGACCGCUGAAGAUGGUCUCUUAGAAGAUGAUGGAAUUUUCAAUAUUUCAGUAUUUAAUGAAACUUGUUUGAAGUUGAACAGGCAUUCUAGGCAAGCUGGAUCAGAACAAAUGUACCAAGUGGAAGCUCUGGGUCAGAGGUGGUAUCUAGAGAACUUCUAUCAUGCUGUUUCCUAUAACUUCACGACAAGAGACCAAGCUCCUAAACUGUGUUUAGAUCUGUUGCCCGCUACUGAUUACAUGAUAAACAUCACCCUUCUGAGACCCACCGAACUGCGCUCCGCACAAGUAACAGUAACAACCUCGGCGACAGGUCAAGAUUUUAUUGUCUUCAUAACAAAAUCAGCUUAGAACUGGAUCACUUGGCCCUUUCUCUUCUUGUCACCUCCCAGUUCAAGAUGCUUGCUGGCAUCCUCUUAGAUCUGCAGUUGGGCUCAACACACUCCUACCUGGGACUAUACAACUAUUCUUCUAUACAGUCUAUAGUAUAUAUUUUAAAUAAACUUUUGUUCCUGUUGAGAACAUUUUCCCAUCAUAUCAAGGUGGAAAUAUAAUACUGCUUAUCCACUGGUUUGAAGUGCUGUUUUCUCAUCUCUAAGGUCUGAGUGUAGGCCUAUCACUGAUUCUUCCUUUUCCAUUGGUCAGAUCACUGAUUCCUUCACUAACAAUAAAAUGCUUAACUACUCUAGCAUUCUGAUUGUGUCUAAUGUUACUCCCAGAGGGACAAAACCUCACACAAAACCACAAAGACUGGUUUGUGAAAGGGAGAAGGUAUCCUUUUUAAAGUAUGAAGCAUAGAAAAAUCAUAGUACAAGAACAUAUCUUUGGUUUAAUAUAAAAAAAAACCCCACAUCUUGCAGAGGCUAUGACAAAGAAAAUGGGGAGAUAUUGUCAUAUUUUUCGUUUACAUUUUUAUUUGUAAUUAGUGUAUGUGUGUGGGUGUGUGCAUGUGAGUGCAGGUCCCCCAGAGGCCAGAAGGGGGUGUUGGAGUCCCCUGUAGCUGGAGUUACAGAGCUGCCUGACAUUGCGGCUGUAUUUCCAGCCCCUCAUAGUUUUUUUAUUGUGUCUGGUCAUGUUCCUUGUCAAUUGAUUCCCACCCCACCCCCAACUGCCAUUCUGUCUUUUCACAAAGAAAAUUGGCAGUGAUUAUUUUCUGUGUACUGAGUGUGUCAAGCUGGUUUCAGCUGGUUCUACUUUGUCCUAUGGUUUCCUCAAUCUUCCCAUUCAUGAUGUUUCUCUGUGCAUUAUUUUCUUUGAUAUCCUUUAACAAGAUUUUAAAAACCUGUUCUCUCCUCCUCUCCUCCCCUUCCUCCCCUUCCUCCGCUUCCUCCGCUUCCUCCUCCCUACACUAUCUCCUUUUCUUCUCUUUGAUUUUUCAAGACAGUGUUUUUCUGUGUACCUCUUGCUGUCCUGGAAUUCGUUUUGUAGAGCAGGCUGACCUUGAACUUAGAGUGCUGGGAUUAAAGACGUGUGUGUGUGCACCACCACAAUCAGCUGGUGUUUUAAUAUUUCUAUUAGAUUUUUCUUACUUAGCGUUGGUUGCGAUGUGAUCGCUCCUCGGUUGGGUCUUUUCGGUUUUGUAUUUUGUUACUUGAGUUAGUUUCCUAUUCCUGGUUUGAUAAGUCACUGAAAACCUGGUGGCCUAAAACAGUACAUCUGACUGUUGACUGUCACAUAGCUGUGGAAGGCAGACACUUGAAAUUCAUUUCACCGGGCUGCAGCCAGAGUGUGAACAGGCCCAUGUGCCUUUAAGGGACCAAAGGAAGGCUCCAUUUUCUUACCUAGUCUUCAGAGUCCAAGCCCAUCUUUGCUCCUUAGCUUUGGUCCCACCGUCCAUUGGUUUACUCCGUCCUUGCAGUGUUAUGCAGUCACAGGGUCUCCCGGCACAGUCCACUCUGGUCUGACGCUCUCCACCACCUCACUCAGUGCCAGGAUGCCAGGUGCCUGCCCCUAUGCCCUUCCUCCUCUCCAUCCUCUUCUUCCUCUUCCCCUUUUCUUCCUUUCUGCGUGGUGUAUGUGUGUGUGUGUGUGAUUGUGUGUGCCCGUGCAUACACAUGCAUGUGGAGGCCAGAGCUCCUCUGUCACUCUCCGCCUUGUUUUGUGAGACAGUCUCUCACUGAACCUGGAGCUCACUGAUUCAGCGAGACUGGCAGAACGAGCAGCAGGGAUCCAUCCAUCUCUUCCCCAGGCCUACCCGGUGCUGUGGUUACAGACGCAUUCCCCUGGCUUUUUACGUGGGUGCAGGGGAUCCAAGCACAAACUGUCCAGUUUUCACAGCAAGCGCGUUCCUGAGCCGUCUCCACCCCACUUCCCACUUCCAGUUUCUCGGCACCUUUCUGUAACGCUAAUCCUAUCAGCCGAUUUCUAAAGAUCCUUGUUACUCCACUGAGCCUGGUGGAUAAUCCAGGCUAAUCUCUCCGUGUCAGUCAUCCCACCGAGGCCCUGUAGAUGGAACAGCCAUCAGUCCCAGGAUCUAGGAUCUGACAUGUGUGGGUGUCCAUGCAGACAGCCAUGCUUUGCCUUGUACGCAGAGAGAAAAUGACUUGCCUUCCUGUCUCGUCUCUCUUGGUGCAUCUGCCAAGCUCCUGUUCUUUUGUCUUGUAUUUCUAUUGUCUUCGAGGAGUUUGGUAUUUGGUUCAUUCUCUGAGAGUUCCUUGCAGUUAUGACCCUUCCCCCCUCCCCCCGCUUUUAUUUUGGUAUUUGUACCUCAUUGUUUCUUGUCUAGAAUGUCCUAAGAGACAAGUAAUAGCCUUGAGACCAGACAUCCUUGUAUUGUUGGUAACUUUACAAGAAAUUGCUUAAUUAUUUUACCACUGAGCGUGGUAAAUUCUAAUAAACAUGAGUAAACUAAAGGGCUUCUGAGAAGUUGUAGACCAGGAUUUUAAGUCAGGAAUAUGUUUAAAUGCAGAGGCUAUUAAGAAUAUGAAAGUAGGGGUUGGGGAUUUAGCUCAGUGGUAGAGCACUUGCCUAGCAAGCGCAAGGCCCUGGGUUUGGUCCCCAGCUCCGGAAAAAAAAAAAAAAAGAAAAGAAAAAAAAAGAAUAUAAAAGUAACUAUCUGGUCUCUUUGAUCUACUAAUAGCUUCUCCAAUAAUGAUCGUGUAUUCUGGGAAUAAAUUUUUCUUGGUCAUGACGUUUUGUUUUGUGCAUUGCUACUCACUUCUGUUUGCUGAUAUAUGCAUAAAAUUUUACUUAAAAAAAAAAUCUUGGGUGUCGGCACGCAACUUUAAUCCCAGCACUUAGAAGGCAGAAGCAGAUGGAUCUCUAUGAGUUUGAGUCUAGCCUGGUCUAUGCACUGAGACCCUAUCUCAAAAACAUCAAAAUAAAUACAAUAAAUUAAAAUAAAAUUUUAUAUGUGUGAGUGUUUUGCCUGGAUGUAUGUAUGUGCGCCAUGCGUGUGUGUGCAUGGACAUCAGAAGACAGUACUGGAUUCCCUAGGACAGAAGUUACAGAUGCUUGUGAGCCAUCUUGUGUGGAUGUCGGGAACCGAACCUAGGAAUUCUGCAGGAGCAUCAGCUGCUCUUACCUCCCGAGCCAUCUCUCCAGGCCCCACUUGCUGCUUUUUCUUCUGUGUGUACUUUAGCAAGUAGAUUUGGCGUAGACGGUUUAGUGCUUGGCUUGCUGUCCUCUGUGGAGCUUGGGCAUUGUGAAUCAAUGCUGGGAGAGUUGGAAACCUUUCUACUUUAUGUGUGAUCUCAAACUGGUGGGAUAGUGCUGUUCAGACUGGCAUUAUUGACUGGGAAUGUAGCCCGGUGGCAGGAUGCAUGCUAGCACAUGUGAGUCCCAGAUUGAACCCUAGUACCACAAAAACAAAACAAGCAAGAGCAUUAGUCAUAGCGUUAAAUGUUGUUUGCAGUUUGAAGUAUCCAGAGUCUCUUGGGCCACUGCUUCCAAUCUCUACCACCCGUCUUCCGCUUGCCAGCGAAUGGGGUUGUGUCCCUCAGACCCGGGGUUCUUCCCUACCUGCUCUGUCUGGCAGCAUCUGAAGUGAGGCUGUAGCUUGUGAAGCAGGCUUUCUCAUUGUAAACCCGCACAGGGGGGUCACCUCUACCAACUCAGCUCCACUCACAGAGACCUGUCAGGCGGGGUUGCUCAGCAUAGCUUCCUGUGGGACUUUCUUUCCGGCGUCUUUUAAUCUUUGUCACUGCAGCGUCCCACUGAGACUGCCUAGCAUCCCAGCUAUGUUAUUUCCGGUCUGGGGACAGGCAUCCCUGAAGCCACCUCUGGUAUCAGGGUUUGCAGGAAGUGGUCAGGUGCCUCGGGGACAAAUCCUAUGUGGUUGUGCACUUGCCUUUGGAUGGAUUACCAUGACCUGGAUUACCAUGAUUACCUGACCAUAUUUUGAGAACCCGAGAUGGAAAUGCAAAUCAAAGGAAGCCCGGUUUUAUCACAAAAGGCCAGGCCACUUGCAAUGGCCGUUUUCACUUCCUCAAAGUGAUUCUUCCUUCCGCUCAGAAUUUCAAACUGAUACUUAUUUUGUCCAAAUGAUCUUUAAAGCCCAGGGCCAUGAGUUCUAACUUAACCAAGUUAAACCAAGUAAACCUAGUGAACCAAGGUGGUUGUCCGCGUCUGGCCUAACCAUUUUAAGAGGGUGCUGCUGGCUGGGCACCUCUGGUUCUUAAAUCCUCAUCAGGACCCAUUUACUCGAACGGAAACACGGUGUUCCUUGAAAACUGCUGCGGCUGACUUCUGAAUCAGAAUGCUGCUGAAUUCAUCCUAUGUAAAUGCUCUUCCUAGGAAAAUAUUCCAAUGAAGAGUCAGUGAUUUUUGUGGGUGUUUUCCCCCCCAUACAGGGUAAAUUCAGUUCUUUCUUUCUUUCCCCUCUGCAGCAAAACAGCCCAUCACGAUCUGUCCGUGUGUAAUGACAUCUGCCUCAGACAGAGCAGCCUGAAGUCGGUCGGUGCAGCAGAGAUGUAUUUAGUUUCUAAAAUUCACCUCACUUGCAGAUAUGGAAGGUUUAAAGUAUCUAGGGGCUGGAGAGAAGGUUCAGCUGUUAAGACAUGGCUCAGCCGCUCCUUCAGAGGCCCCAGGUUCAAUUCCUAGCACGCCCACGGCAGCUCCCCACCAUCUGUAACUCCAUUUCCAGGGAAUUUGAUGCCUUUUUCUGACCUCUGUGGGUACCAGCCAUGUACACAUACAUACACAGGCAAGACACUCGUACAUAUAAAAUAAAAUAAAUCUAAAAAAAAAAUACAGGACUGAAAAAUACAUUUGUAGCUGCCAUCGGCCGAGAUGUAUCAUGAUGACCGCCUAAGAAGUACAGAGGCAGCCACUUCCACUCCCUGCCUGAGGACAGACUCCUCGGGAGUGGUAAGAAAGCGUGGAUGUUUCUAGAGCUGUGUGUCUUGGUGCAGUCAAUUCUCCAUCAGAGUCUCUGGUCCAUUGACCUUUGGUCACAGUGACCGCUGGUCGCACCGGUGACUCUGCAGAGACCAGGUCUUGUGUGUGUGACAGUCACAGGGAAUCUAUGAAGAUCCAUGGCCACCGAAGGAAGGGUAACUGUGGGAAGAGAGGGGCUUCUGCUUCAGUGUCUGGAUGUUACAAAAUGGAGCACCCUAGUCAGGUGGUGCUUCAUUCCGAUCCCUAGUUUUCUCUCCAGGAGAAUCUUCCUUGCUCCUGUGGUUUUGCCCCUUGGCUUCCACACUGUAAACGCAAGGACAAAAAAGAACAAGCUGCUACGUAGGGGCUUCUGAGAUUUGUCCUUCCAUUUUAUCUUUCAUCUGAGACGGUUUCACUCUGCGUUCUCGGCUGGCCUUGGACUUUCUAUGUGGCCAGCAUGGCAUAAAACACUCAGGCCCAGAGGGGAUGGCUCAGAGCUUAAGAGUGUCUGUCCCUCUUGCCUAGGACCAGAGUUUGGUUCCCAGUCCCCACACCCCUCACCCGCUCACACCGGCCUGUAAUCUUCUCUAUUUGGGAUUCAAUGCCCUCUUUUGGCCUCUGUGGACAUCUGCACACAGGGGCCCAUACCCACUCCCCAUACACAUAAAUAAAAUAUAAAAAUUUAAAAAAAAUCAAGAUGCCCGGGGGUUGAGAUUACAGUUAUGUAAUGAUAAGUUUCGUGUAUUCGUGUAUUUUAUUCUAAAAUAUAUGUAUUAUUCUUUUUUUUUUCUAUUCUUUUUUUUUUCGGAGCUGGGGACCGAACCCAGGGCCUUGCGCUUGCUAGGCAAGCACUCUACCACUGAGCCAAAUCCCCAACCCCUGUAUUAUUCUUGUGAUAUUGUCAUCACCAUUUGUGCAAACAUGUACAUUGUUGAAAUUUUACUAUUAGCUUAUUGCAUUUAUUUCUUGAAAACAACUUUAUGGGGUGGGGGAGGGAUGGGGGAAGAGAACUCCUAGAAAAAGCGCAGGUCUCAAGGCAUUCGGAAUGUUUCACGCCAGUGAGUGUUUCACUCACUGAAAUUCCUGUAAGCAUUUCAUCUUUCAGUUCCACGUUUGGGGCCAGAGGUAGUAUCAGAAGGCAUUCGUUCAGGAAAUGGUCUUAAACGCCAGCAACAGCCAGGACCCGGAGAUAUGCCUGGACCCCCACGGAGGCACCAGCUACAAUGUUAGCUUUCAGGCUUUGUCCUCAGCACUUCCUGUGGUCAUCUACCUGACAACCCUGAUAACAGGUCAAUCCUGAGUAACAGCAUUUGAGUUAAUAGCAUUGCCACAGAGCUGUUGAUAGGCCCAGAUAAAGAAGACUGUUGCUUUCUGUCAUAGCAAAUGAAGCUGAGGAGAGAAGGGAGGAAGCCUGUGGAAUUGGAGAGAGCCCCAGAGAGGCUGGCAGCUGUCCAGCAGUGUUUCCUUCUCUGAAACAAAAUGUCGAUUGAAUUUAAACCGUUUAAACCUGUGAGUUAAGUCCCUUCUGGGUGUUGGAAACAUUUAAAAUGUUCCAGUCAGGCGUGGUGUUUCAUGCCUGUAAUCAUAGCCUUUGUAAGGUAGAGACAAGAUCAGGAGGAGUUCAUAGCAAGUUUGAGGUCAGCCUCGGCCAAAUCCUCAGAAAAAAAAAAAAUCAAACAAGAACAGCGGCAGCAGCAACAACAAGCAACAGUAAUGACAAACAAGUCUAGAGCAUUUCAUACCUAAGAAAAGUUUUCUCAUUACUGUUCUCUAGUAACACAUUAAACUAGCGUUCUACGGGUAGUGAAAUGGCUCAGUGGGCAAAUUGCUUUCUGUACAAGCAGGCGUCGGAGACCUGUGGUCUGAUACCUGGCACUCACGUAAAAAGGCAUGUAACUUAGUGUUGGGGUUAGAGACAGGCAGACUUCAAGGCUUGCUGGUCAGACGGCUCACUGACUCGGUGAACUCCAGGUUCAGUGAAAAGCUUUGUCUUUUAAGAAUAAGGUGGCUGUGCUGUGAGGUGCUUGUACUUAAGCCUGUGACUGAAUUUUAUCCCUGGAGCCCAUGUGGUAGAAGUUCAGAACGGAUCCCCAUUUGUCCUUUGGUUUGCACACAAGUGUGUGCAUACAUACACAUAGGCCUUUAAGUCUAAUCCCUGAUCUCCAGCCCACCCCUGCCUUCUUGCUCCUUGUCUCCUUGGGAAAUGGCGAGGUGGAAUGUUGCUUCCACAUCUACCUUCCUUCUCUCCAUUAUUCCCUUCCCUGUGUCCCUGCCCCUGUCUGAAGCUGCCAUCCUCUCAAGUGUGUGCCGGAUCCCAGCCCUUCUUAGCAGCUUCUACCCAAUGCAGAAUCAGUGCCAGCACACAGAGCCCAUUGCCAUAUCUCGUUUAACAGUGGCCCAUGUCCCCCUCCAGCUGCCUUGCCUUCUUCAGCCUUCUGUUAUAUAGAAACUCCCCAAAAGACAUGACUGCCCUGUAGGCUUCACACCCUCUCAUUCUCUAUUAAGCGUUCCGUCUGUCUUACUGUUAUAUACUGUCUCUGCAGCCCUCGACAUCCUUCUGCAAACUCUUCCCUUUUCAAGGUGGCUCCUUCUGUCUUCCUGGCUGGCCUUCCUGGUGUUUUUUGGUUGGCUCAACUGUUUCUAUGGCUCCCUCCUUGGCUUCCCUUCCUUUGCACUAUCUUUCUGUCUAGGUGGUAUUUAUGACACUCAUGACUAUAACCUGCUUAAUACUGACAGUCCCCAAAUCUGUACCUUUAAGCCCAGCCUCUUUGGAUUCAAACUUAUCCACCCGCCUUCUAAACAUAUGCCAUUGAGCAUGCUAGACGAAUUAGACAGAAUUCCCAAUUUCAUGCCUCUUUUCUUACUUCCAAAUCUAUGAAAAUUAUGUCCGUUUUCAUAACUCAGUUCCUGGAAUUCUCAUAAUUAGCUGGUUGAGCCAAGAGUCUUAAUUGCCUCUAUGUGAGUCCUAAAUUUCUAAUCAUUUAACAAACUGUGAUUUCAAUCACUUACUCCUGCCUUCAUCUUCAACUCUGCAGACCCGAUCCUAGCAGGAACUGCUUGGAUCCUAGCAGGAACUGCUUGCUUGGUCUCCUGCAGUAGCUUUCUGGUUUGUUUGUUUCAUGACAAAGUUUCACUCUAUACCCUUGGGCUGUAGCCCAGGUUGACUUCAUUCACAUGAAGCCUCCUGCCUCAGCCUCCCGAGUGUUAGGGUUAGAGGUACACACCACCAUGCCUGGCUCUCAGGGCUGUUUGCUGCCUUCAAUCCUGGCUGUCACUGUCCACCUCAACUUAGUUUUCACCAUGCCAUUGAAGGAUCACCCAGCAGCUGUGGUGUCUUCUAAAGAGUAUGAACAUGACAGUGCUCCCUCAAAGGUCUCCAGUGAGUUCAAAAGCUAACUGAGAAUCCAAAUUCACACCAUAGAGCAUGUGAUCCAACCCUGGGCCACCUUCCUUAACCCACCUUCUCCUCGUCUUCUUUCUCACCAGGUACCAGCUGUCUCUCCCUGGCCUUCUUGCCCUUUCUUAAAUGGGUCAGACUUCUUCCCACUGCAGGCUUUUCCAUUUGCUGUUACCUCUUUCUGGGACAACCUCCGUCUAUGGUUUUUUAUGAACGUUUGGGAGUGUGACUGUCACACCUUGUCUCACUUGGCUCCCUGUUGCUACAACCGACUGCAGAUUUACAAAGAAUAGCUUUUGGAUGUUGGGAAGCCUGAGGACUGGGGGACAGCAUUGUGUUAGCAUCUUCCUGCUCUGCCAUGACCUGACAGAGGGUGUCACAUGGUAGGCAGAGCAAGUGCAACCAGACAGCUGGGUUUUGUUCAGACCAGCUCCCCUGAUAACCCAUGAAUGGUUUAACCCAUUAUAAGGACGAGGUCUUCAUGACUCUGUCACCUCCCAAAGGUCCUGCGUCUCAAAUACCCAUGAUGUAGGGAUUUGGAAUAGCUUCUGGCAUGUGCUAUCUGGGGAACAUGUUUAAACCAUAAUGCCCUUAGAGGUUCUUUUAUAAGCACCCCCUCACUCUCUACCCUAUUACUUUCUCUUAAAGAUUUAUUUACUUAUGUACAUGGGUGUUUUAUCUGCACAUUCAUCUGCACCCGAGAAGAGGGCAUCAGAUCCCAUGACACUCUAGUUACAGAUGGUUGUGAGCCACCAUGUGGCUGCUGGGAAUUGAACUCAGGACCCCUGGAAGUCCAGCCAGUGCUGUUAACUGCUGAGCCACCCUUCCAGCUCCCACCCCAUCCCUCUCUAUCAUUCACCCUCCUUGAAUUUCUUCAUAUAACUUGGAUUUUAAAAAUUGUUUAUCUUUCUCCCUUUGUAAAAUAAGAACUCUUUGAAAGCAUUUCCCCUCCUUUGUCUGUUUCUAUAUUGAAUCCCACCAUAAACACUAAUGACACUUAGCACAAUAAGUCCACGUUUCUUAAUAAUAGCCAGGGAGUAAUUGAUGUUGAAGAGAUAGGUUUUUGUAUUAAGAGAAAUUCCGAGUUUGUGCCAGAGACAAGUGCUGUCCAAUCCAAUGCUUACAAAGCAGAGUAACUGUCCACUCUUCUAGUCUUUGGUUCUUGCCAUACUUGAGUAGGUUUUACUGCUUUAAAAACAUGUUUAUUACAUUUAUUACCUUUAUUUUAUGUGUGUAGAGCAGGAGGGGGUUAGCUAUUGGAUGUAUGGAUAAGUCAGAGGACAACGUAUAAUAGGUAUUUUAUCUUUUUUUUUUUUUUGGUAUUUUAUCUUUAUUCACUUUGUUUUGAAGCUACUCAAGUGUCCUGUAUCUGCACUCAUGGCCACCAGGGGACGCUGUUGAGCUGUUCACUGGGACAGUGAAGGCAAUUUAGUGCAUUGAGAUAUUCAGAACUUGCUUUAGAGCCGCAGUUCUCAAUCUUCCUAAGGCUGCGACCCUUUAACACAGUUCCUCACAUUGUGGGGACCUCCAACCAUAAAACCAUUUCAUUGAUACUUUAUAACUGUAAUUUUGCUACUGUUAUGGAUUGUAAUACAGGAUAUCUGGUAGUGACCCCCAAAGGGGUUACAACGUGUAGAUUGAGAACUUAUGCUUAGAGACUUGGCAGGUUUUUAUUUUUAUUAAAAAAAAAAGCAUGAAAAUUCAAAUUGGUGAGACUUUAUUAAAGAGUCGAGAGAGGCAAAAAACCUUUCAUCCCAUAAAAAUAAGAGAAAAGAAAAUCUGGCGUGUUGAUAUGAGGAUACCCCAGAUGUUAGUGGCAUCGUUUCAGCAAAAAGAGGAACUUUCGAAUGUUACCAGAAAUGUUUGGUUAAGGAUUGGGUCUGAAAAACCCAGCGGAUGCUUUCCCAGAAGAAAAGUGGGUGGAAUUUCCCUUCUGUGAGCCUCCUGUUAAAUUAAAUCUUACUGAUGGGAACUGGAUGAAAACAGGAACUUUAAAUAUAUUGCUGACCUCAGAGGAGAGGCAGAGGAAUGGAGAGGGGCAGAGGCAAGUGUUUUAGAAAGUCGGAGAGGGUGCUGGCUGCAGGCUGGGAUGAGUCUCAGGCUUGUGACUCAUGUGCAGCCUAAGGUGGCCAUUGAACUAAGUUCUUUUUUUUUUUUAAGAUUUGUUUAUUUUACUUAUAUGUUAGUACACUGUAGUUCUCUUCAGACACUUCAGAAGAGAGCAUCCCAUUACAGAUGGUUGAGCCAUCAUGUGGUUGCUGGGAAUUGAACUCAGGACAUCUGGAAGAGCAGUCAGUACUCUUAACCGCUGAGCCAUCUCUCCAGCCCCGAACUAAGUUCUUUAGAAUGGGCUCAUUCAUGUUCCUCCUUAGGGCAGGAAGGAGAACAAUUAAGCACUCGCUGUCAUUGAUGUAGACCCCAAAGAGGCAGAAGGAGAGUCCUCAUAUCGACUGGACUGUUUUCUAGUUGAGUCGAAAAGCUUAUAAACAAAUUUUCUUUUCAUAGGGACAACACAGGAAA